AUGGGCGAGGAGGAGCAUGUGUUACUCAUUCGCGAUUUCUUCUCGGACCAGAGACGAUUCCAAUAUAUCAAAACCCUCUCCGGCGGCGCAAGCGGAUAUUGUGUCUGCUUUAGGGAAGUAUUUACGGAAGGGCUGAGUCGAAGGUUCGUGGUUAAGUGCCCGAAUGAUGAUGAAGACGACGUUGUCGCUGGGAUCCGGAAUGAAAUCCAAUCGCUGCAUGCUUUACAACAUGCCGAGCAUAUUGUCGACGUCCUUACAAUUAGUGAUAAUCCACUGGAGCCAGAUCGUCAGGGACAGGGUGGGCUUCAUAUACCGUUCAUCAUUCUGGAAUACGUGGAAAACGGAACACUCGAACUUUUUAUUCAACGUAUCGGGGGCGCCAUCUUACCGAACCGGUUUCUAUGGCGUCUUUUUCUCUGCAUGGUUCGAGCCUGUGUUGCGAUGGCCUAUCCCCCAGCACAAGGCAGAAAGGAAGAAACAGUAGCCAGUGCACAGCCAUCUGCGCUCGUGCAUUGGGAUAUGCAUAAUCGCAACUUCAUGUUUGGUGCUAUAUUGGGAAACUACCAAGAGCACCUCCUUGUGCCAAUAUUGAAGUUGAUAGAUUUUGACAUAUCCGCUAUGAAGACGUCAGAGGAAGUCGUGAAUGUCGAAGUUAAAGAGAAGUUCGAUGACGAACUAGAACUCGACCGAUACAGAACUAUUGGACAGAGCAGUGUUGCUACCUGCAUAAACCUCCUUGAUGUGGGACAGGCAAGUCACCUCAAUGAGAUCAAUGGCAAAGGCGUGUCUCCGCCUACCUCCAAGAGUUUUGCUAAUUUGUCUAGGCAAUGA